AUGUCGGGACGAGCUUUCAGAAAAGCCAUAAAUAAAGAGUACGAACUCGCUUCGAAACGUAAAAAUGCUGUUGACUCAAGUGAGGUGCUAGAGGAAGAGGAAUCUGACCACGAACCUCCAAAAAAGAAUUUGUUUGAUUUGCUCAACCAAGACGAUGAUGACGUCGAGGAUCAAAACUCUGAAGAAAAUGAAGAUAAAAUUCAAGAAAAGCCUCCGGUGGUAACAGUAUCAACAACACCUUCGAAAAAGAAGAAGAAAAAGAAAAAUAAGGGUGCCUCCACAAAGAAUGUUGCAGAGGAACCGGAUAAAAAAUCAAAGACAGGGAAAAAGGUUGAAGAGAUGAGUGAUACCGAGUUAGAAAGGUUGAUCAGAGAAGUCUCGGACAAAUUUGGAAGCUCGUCACCAAAUGUAUCAGCAGAGGGUGGAUCGGCCGCUGCAUCAAAAUCUUCUUCGGCAUCACCAAGCAUUAAAUUUUUGACUAUUGAUACCCGUCUGCUGGAUGCUGAUGGUGAAAUGAGAAGAAUGUUUUCUUCUGGGGUUGUAGAUAGGGAGAUUCGGGAUAGGAAUUAUUCUCGAACAAUAAGAAAGACCACAUUAGCAAAACCGAGGCAACCUUGGCCGCCCAUCACAAAGUUUG